GUUACAUAUUUACAACGUGUUUCUGACACAAAAAGUAUAUUUUCGUCCGCGCCACAGCAAACGGUCAGCAAGCAAAGUCGGUGGGGAAAAGUAUGAUCAGGCAUCGUUACUUCGAUGUACAACUGAAAUUUCGUGAUUUAGAUUCUGUUGUACUCACACCUGUAUUUUUUCGUGGCUGCGUGCAAAAUUCACUGGAGCGAUUCUUUGGCCAAAUUGGUGGAGAUACAACAUUGGAAAUCAUCAAAUUUAGCGCCGAGCAGCAACGCGUUGUAUUCCGAGUACCCGAAGAAUUCUACGAACGCACUCGGGCAGCAAUCACCUUAAUUGGGCAUUAUCAGGAAGUACCGUGUCACUUUCGUGUGCUCAAAACCUCAAAGACGCCGCUGGACUUCGUCAAAGAAGGCGAAAACGAAAAUUGUGAAGAAAUCUAG